CAAACGAGGAACUCAGCAACACCACAGACCCCGAGAACACCACAGCCAGGACAGCUACCUGGCAUUAUUCACAGACACCACCACCAACGAAGCUGCCAUCUAUGGGCUCUGCCAUCAACAACGCGACCGCUUUUCUUAUUCCCCGCGACUGCACCGUGGCUGCAACCGCGACCCCGAACUCUGUGCACCCCUUUGGACUGUCUCCAACCCACGCGAGCUUGGCCGACCUCCUGGGGCAACUACUGGCCGAAGGUCCGCCUUGACUAAACUGGGCGGACGGUAAACCAGACUGAAGAGCUACCUGUGGGAACUUGCAGGUGCGCGCAUUCUCGCCAUUGCCGAGGAACAGCGUCUGCUGACGCGCACGAACAGACGCAAGCCCAAAAUUGUUUGCACUCGUACGGGCCAAUUAAAGCAGUCAAAUGGCGCUGUUCACCUUCGACGAUGAGAUCCACCUAGCAGCAAGCGCGAAAAGUGACUCGCUUGCACCGCCCAAGGAACAAGCGCACCUCCCAGACAUCGACGAGCGCAUGGAGGUCGACGUCCCCGCCGCGCACACCCAUGUGGGCACGCCGCCUAUCGCGAUCGCCUCCCCGAUCCCGCGGCGGCUUGUGCCGACAAACGCUGAAGCGAAGCAGCCAGCGCAUACCGACAAGCUGGACUUUGAUGCUGUCAUGAAGAAGGCGCAGAAGAACCGCAAAAAGAAGAAGAAGGGUUCCAAGGCUGCACCCGCAGGGACCACGGUGCGUGGUUUCGAGACGCCUGCUGCGUCCGGUGGAGAAGAGUCAGACUAUUCUAUUGCGACCACCCCUCGCUUUGGGCCGUCGUGGUCAACAUACCCUAGCGUUACCAGCAGUCCCGCUCUUCGACCAACUUCUGCCGCUGGCGUUAUCGGCAAUCUCAGGCAGCAGCUCGAGGCCUUGAACAUCGGUCCGCGCGUUGAUUCUCCCCAGAAGCAGUGUGGCUGUGGUCCUGGCCAACUCCGAUCUGGCCUUUCCAGCAACGCAAGUGUCUCCAACUUCAGCGACAGUGACCGCACCGAAAUGGAGAGCUACGAAGUCGACCUCAACGAGGACUUUGUUAGCCCCGAUGUCCACUCGAAGCCUUCAACCAUGGUCACAAGCACUGCUGCGCGCAAGAUGACAGCAGACGACUUUGACACGCUUACGUGCCUAGGCAAAGGCAGCUUUGGCACCGUUCUUCUCGUCAAGCAGCGUGAGACAGGUCGACUUUACGCUCAGAAGCAGUUCAAGAAGGCCUCCAUCACGGUUCGCAAGAAGCUCAUCGAACAAACGAAGACCGAGCGCUCUAUCCUCGAGAGUGUCAACCGCCAUCCAUUCAUUGUCAACUUGUACUAUGCAUUCCAGGACCACGAGAAGCUCUACCUGAUCCUCGAGUAUGCGCAGGGUGGAGAGCUCUUCCAUCACCUUGCGCAGGAGCGCAUGUUCAACGAGGACACUGCAGCCUUCUACAUGGGCGAGAUGGUUCUUGCUCUUGACUAUCUCCAUCGCACCGUCGGCAUUGUCUAUCGCGACUUGAAGCCUGAAAACUGCCUUCUUGACGCUGAAGGCCACCUGCUUCUUACCGACUUUGGGCUCAGCAAAGUUGCCGUGGAUGAUCAAACCUGCAACUCCAUUGCUGGAACUAUCGACUUCAUGGCUCCUGAGGUCAUCCAAGGCCUCGAUUAUGGUAUGGCUGUAGACUGGUGGUCUCUGGGUGCUCUUGGCUACGACUUGCUCACUGGUUCGCCUCCCUUCGACGGCAACAAUCAUGCCAAGAUCCAACAGAAUAUUCUGCAUAAGAAGCUCACGAUGCCUUACUACCUCUCACAAGAUGCUAAGGAUCUACUGACCCGCUUCCUGCGAAAGGAGCCCAAGAAGCGUCUCGGCUACAACAUGCCCAAGGAUAUGAACACCAUCCGCGCCCACCGCUUCUUCCGCAAGCUCGAUUGGAAGAAGCUUCAGGCCAGGGAGCUGGAGCCACCUAUUAUUCCCCUCAUCACGGACCCGGAGUUGGCGGAGAACUUUAGCGAUGAGUUUACAACCCAGGCGCUGUCGACCGUUGUGAGCCGGAAGAGUGGUUAUGAUGCAUUGGAAGACGAGUAUGCGGCUCUGGAGAAGGACCCUUUCGGCGGGUUCAGCUUCGUGGCCAGCCAGAGUCUGUUGGAUGAGCCUGUUCUUGGAUACUAAGAUUCGGUGAGGUCUCGGUCUAGAAGUGGCGCUUCUUGUUUGUUUGUUUCUUCUCUGCCUUCAUCUGUUCAUUCAUUUCGGUUAUGAGAGUGGUUUACGUGCGGAUCCUGUGUGCAAGACAGGGCAAUUGGUACGCGUCUGCCGUGCUUCCUGGAUGCCACAGUGGAUGCGUUAGGGGCGUUUCAGAGUACAUGCUUCCGUUAUAGUAAUUACAUCUUCCUUCUGCA